GGGAACUCGCGGUCGCGGCCGGACGGGUGGUGUGAGCGGCUCGAUAUUGCGCGGGAGGAGGGUGCGGACAGCAGUGAUGUGGAGAAGGCGCUGCAGGACGAGGCAGAGGAGGAGGAGGCCGCCGAUAAGUGGGAGGUCCGCUGGGAGGACGGCGAUACAGAUAAUCCAAGGAAUAUGAAGAAGUGGGAGAAGUGGGUGUGCACCUACGUCGUCUCGUCGGCGAGUCUUUGCGUGACCUGUACGAGUUCCAUCUACACGAGCACGUACACGCAGAUCAAGGGCGAGUUUGGAAUUCCGCAGCUGGAGGCAGUGGCCGGACUGAGUCUUUUCGUGAUGGGUCUCGGAAUCGGACCGAUGAUUCUCGCGCCGCUAUCGGAAUUCUACGGGCGGAGACCGACAUACCUCGUUUCUUUCACCGUUUUCACCCUGCUGUUCCUGCCGUGUGCGUUGGCCCCGCAUAUCGCCGUGUUGCUGGUUUUCCGCUUCUUUUCGGGAAUGGCCGGGAGUGCGUUCCUGUCUGUGGCCGGAGGGACCGUGGGUGAUAUGUUCUCCGGGAGAGACUUGGGUGCUCCCAUGAUGAUCUAUACCGCCAGUCCUUUCGUCGGCCCCGAACUCGGCCCCCUGCUCGGAGGCUUCAUAAACCAGAACAUCAGCUGGCGGUGGACAUUCUGGAUCGUAAUGAUCUGGUCGUUCCUCGAGCUCUGCCUGCUAUACUUCUUCGUCCCCGAAACCUACACUCCUGUCCUCCUGCGUCGGCGCGCUGUGCACCUCCGCGCCACCACUUCGCAACCCUACUACGCCCCCAUCGAGAACCUGACCCGCAGCAUCCCGCGCACGAUCGCCUGGUCCUGCCUGCGGCCUUUUCAGCUCCUCUUCUUCGAGCCCAUGGUGCUGCUCCUGUGCAUCUUCACCGCCAUCCUGCUGGGCGUGUUAUACCUGUUCUUCCAAGCCUUCCCACUGGUCUUCUCGAAAGUCCACGGCUUCGACCUGCAAACAAUCGGGCUGACGUUCCUGGGGCUAUUCGUGGGUAUGGUAAUUGGGAUCCUCUCGGACCCAUUCUGGGGGUCGCUACGGCAGCGCUUGGUCGCCAAGAACGGCGGCGUGAGCGAACCCGAGUUCCGCUUGCCCUCGGGGAUCCUGGGCGGCGUGCUCGUCCCCAUCGGCCUGUUCUGGUUCUCGUGGACAACGUACGCCUCCGUCCACUGGAUCGUCCCUAUCAUCGCCUCGGCAGUCUUCGGCACCGGCACCCUGCUGGUAUUCUCCGGAGUGUUCACGUUCCUGGUCGACGCGUACCCGCUGUAUGCCGCUAGCGCGCUCGCCGCGAAUUCAUUUGUGAGAUCGUCGUUUGCGGCUGGGUUUCCGCUGUUUAGUGGCGUGCUCUACGCCCGUCUGGGGUAUCAGUGGGCGGGCAGUAUUCUUGCGUUCUUGACGGUCGUUAUGGCGCCGGUUAUGGCGGCUUUCUUUUUCUGGGGCAAGAGGAUCCGGAAGGGAAGUAGGUUUGCGGGCGGGAAGUAGGGGGCUAACUAGUGGGUUCAUGGGAAGCAGAGUGCAUUG